AUGGUCAAUCCGAGCCGAGUGCCCAGUCUACUCCUGAUGGCAUCGUCAGCCCUUGCUUGGCAGGAAUGGUGUGGCUGGGUACCCAUCUCUGUACAGCAAGAGGUGGCAGGCUGCACAGAGGGAUCGAACACAUCUUUUGCAGGCAAGAUGGAAGGCUGCGUGGAGUGGUGCGAGUGGGUACCGGUACUUGGCUGGAUGUACGUCGAAGAGUGCAGCCUUUGCAUCAACAGCACAGUCAUCACCAACGUCACGGCCUCGAAGCCUCAGCCCAGGCCCAGAGGCCUGAAAACCAAGCGGUUGGAUGAAGUCUUUCCUGACUGGUGUCGGUGGCUGCCAUCUGCAUCUUUGAAGUUUGUCGGUGACUGCGCCGGCUACGGGCCUGACCAGAUUCCAACUGGUCCACAAUGUGCAAGCUGGUGCCAGUGGGUCCCACAGGCAUCCUGGUUCGACCCACCCGACUGCCGUGGAUGCCAGCCAGCUGGUCCGAGCGACAACGUAUCGAAAGAAGACGUCCCGCUUUGGUGCAACUGGGUUCCCCCACUUCUGCUGCAGUUUGUUGAUGCCUGUGCCAGCAGUGGAUCCAGCAUCCCUGCAGUGGCGGAAGGCUGCACCUACUGGUGCGUCUGGGUAUCGGGCCCUGCAUGGCACCAUGUGCAUGAGUGUCAUCGAUGCUCCAACGAGACCACGCAGAACAGCAGCAGUGCCAGCAAUGCCACAAACGGCACCCAGGAGGAAAGAGAAGAUGCUGUUGUGCCCCGCUACGGAACGGCCGGCCUCAAGGUGAAGCUUGCGGAUCCGCUCGCGGACCCUGACUGGUGUCGCUGGGUACCGGCCGCCUCUCUGGAGCAUGUUCCCGACUGCGCGGGCUACGGUGGGGACUCUGGGGAUCCCUGGCCUAAACCUAGUGCACCCCGACGCCAGUGCGAAAGCUGGUGCCAGUGGGUGCCGCAGCCGGCUUGGCAGUAUCCUCCUGGCUGCCGCGGAUGCGCAUGA